UUUUCUCAAUUUUAGUUACAUAUUUAGUGAACAAUUCAAACAAAACAACUUUAAAAAUGACAACAGAAUCGGAUCUUAGAACGUUUCGUGAGUUCCUUCUACAAUAUAAUGCUGUAACGGAGCAUUGUUUUAAUUCUUGUGUGGUUGAUUUUUCAAGGAGAGAAGUAAGCGACAAAGAAGAUUUGUGUACUAGAAAUUGUAUGGAAAAGUUUUUAAAGGCCGGCCAAAGACUUUCAAUGCGUUUUCAAGAACAUCAAAUGCUAAAUAUGGAGGCGCAAGGAGCACCUAUUUCAGUUAGUGCGUCAGCAAGUAAAAUGUGA